AUGUCCGCUCCCAACAACGCCGAGUACAAGGAGGCCUUUGCCCUCUUUGACAAGAAGGGCACGGGCCAGGUCCCGCGCGAGUCCCUUGGCGAGCUCCUCCGCUCGCUGGGCCAGAACCCCACCCAGGCCGAGGUCGCCGGCCUCGAGAGCGGCGUCGGUGCCACCUUCGGCUACGACCAGUUCCUCCAGAUCCUCAACCGCCCCGACGGCUGGAAGCCCGCCGGCACUGCCGACGAGUUCAUCAAGGGCUUCCAGGUGUUCGACAAGGCCGGCAACGGCUUCAUUGGCGCCGGCGAGCUGCGCUACGUCCUCACCCAGCUGGGCGAGAAGAUGACCGACGACGAGGUCGACGAGCUCCUCAAGGGCUUCCCCGUCCAGGACGGCCAGAUCAACUACCACUCGUUUGUCCGCUCCAUCCUCGCCCAAUAG